ACCAGUUAGUUGUUCGGUACAGCCUGCAGGUCGGCUUGCCUUGUUUACCCCUCGCUCACAUAUUAUCCUGGCUCCCCGUUCAUACGUGUGGUUGUCUUCCUGGUUUCUCACAUCUGCUCUUGGCAACACGAGGACACUUUAAAAGCUUUGCACGAUCCUGCUCCUGCAAUACUCUGUUUCAUUUGCACUAGCCCGUCGACUUAGGACCAUGGGUAAAUCGCAGAAAAAACGUCAGAUGAGACGUCACAACCCCGUACGGGUCCCCGACUCGCAUCUACCAAAAGGCCUGGAGUCUGCGUCCGCGUCGUCCUCGAAGAAGGACGCUGUAUUGCCGAUCAUACAGAAGAUGGAAAGCAUCGACGCUGCGGACAGAAAGUGGGCGUGCGUAGCCGUCUCGAAUCUAAUUCAAAACGACCCCUCUACUCGGCGAUUAUUGCAAGGCAAGAAUAUCGUCGGGGCGCUCAUCACGCGGCUCAGCGACAGCGAGGAAGAGGUCGUCAUAGAGGCAGCAGGAGCACUACGCAAUCUCUGUAUAGAUGGUGGAUUCGAUAUCUGUGCCGAAAUGUACAAUAAGAAUAUCCUGGCACCUCUCAAAACGUUCAUCCCGAAGAUUUCGGCAACGCUCUCGCAAUUCUUGGAUUCUCCCAAAACUGCUCCUGAAAAUGCUCAACGUCUAGUAUACGACUUUGCUGAUAAUGUCAUCACCAUCCUGUGGUGUCUAUCAGAGACAUCUAAUAAAGCUCUUAAUGCAAUUAAUCAAAUACCCUUGGUCCCGUUCUUGAUGUCAUUCCUGGCGUCUCGAGAUAAAUUGCCUGUUUCAGCCGUGACAUCCGCCGCGCAAUGUCUAUAUGUACUCACGGAUGAAAACCAACCGGUUAUCAAUGAGGUUCGCUCUAACGCAGCCUAUACUGCUUGUCUAUCGUCGGUGGUUCAAUCGGACACGCCCGCUGCACAAGCGAACGGCAAGUCUAAGGCUGAGAUAGACGAGCGAACACUCACCUUUCAAGUGCUGUGCUGCGGAAUCAUGAGAAAUAUAUCUCCGAUCCCGCCUUCAUCAAUUGCAUCUCCCGUUGACGUAGAUCGUGAUAUCGUCAUGCCGAAGCUCGAACCUGUGCUGUCCCUCGUGACACUGCCGGAAGUUGCUCACCAAGCCCAAGAGCUAAUUACAAAAGAAGGUUCCAUACCAGAACUAGAGAAAUUGUCUUUGAAACACACGCCCAAAUCUGAUCACAAGACGCCCUCCCAACUCGACCUUGAGCGCUUGGAGACAAGACUACGUACAGUACAGCUGGCGCUGGAAAUUCUCACCGGGGCCUGUGCAACGUUGCCCGAUCCUGAAUUUGAAUCAUGGACACGCGGUGACGGCGCAGACGCCGACGGCGACGAAGAUGACGAUGGAGAUGAUGAGAUAGACGCAGAGGCCGAUGUCGACAUGGAGAUGGACAAUGAACCGUCUUCGAAGCAGAAUCCGUCAUCGAAGCAGAGUACACCUUCCACGCCAGCAUUCUUCCAUACCCUCGUUUCGCCUCUUCUAGCGCUCGUUCAACCCACUCCGCUCUCGUUUCCUCCUCCGUCUGGCCCUUCGCCUCAUCCGCCCACAACGUCAGCGCUGAGUUCAAUCCACAUCAGUGCGCUUGAGUGCCUCAACAACAUCUUCCUGUCGCUGCGGUUGGGUCCCGCAGGAAAAUCCACCACAACCCAUCUGCAUGAAGACAGCGGUAGGCAGAUAUGGUCGGAAUUGUGGCGCGCUCUCGAGACCGUUGGUACGGACGUAGAGAGGCCCGGCCAGGAGCGCCGCCGGGAUAUGUGGGAGAUCGGCGUAGGCGUCCUGUGGGGCGUGGCGAGCCUCUGGAAGGGCGUCCUCAUCCCUGAGGAAACGCAUGUAAAAGUGCUGAUGCAACUAUGCGACGCGGCCGCGGACCCGAGUGUGAAGCUGAAGUGCAUCGGGACCCUUGAGUGUCUGGCACAGCACCCGGAAUCCGUGGAGGCAAACCGAGUCAUCGCGGACCACUUGCUUUCUCUGCUGCCGCCAUCAGCCGCUAGUCCGACACCGACCGAACCACUGCUACAGGCCGUUUCGGCGCUGAUUGAUAUCUAUUCGGAUGAGACGCUCGCGUAUGACCUCAACUUCCGGAACGGCAGAUACCUUGACAAGCUCGUGGCGAGUGUGGAAGCCGUACGGAAGGCCGUACGCGGCAUCGACAGGAAAAGGGAGCGGGAGCUCAAGAUACGGGGCGAGGAAGUUCGCGACAACCUCGUUGCGUUCAUUCAGUACCGCCGGGAGUUGGGCCUUUGAAAAUUUCUCGUGUCGGUUUUUCGUGUUCCAGCUUUGGAUUAGCACGGUGGCAGGCAUUACAUAUGCUGGACUAUGUUCACAGCGCUAACUGUAGUAUUCCUUACCUGGGGCGUCGUCCGAAUUACUCAGUCAGGGGGUUCGCGGUGCGAAGCCCGAGCGAUCCAAAUUGUACUAGCCAGCUCAGGUAACUUCCUUGUCGUCCGC